GAAAAAGACAGUUGCUCGUGUGAGGUCGUCAGUUGGUGGUGCAGGGAGGAGAGACAGAGCAGCAGCGGAGGUGUGAGCACCGGACGAUAAAGGAGAGGUGAACUUACGGAAAGAUUUGAGGGAGUGUAUCCACGAAGCUCCCUGCCACCCGCAUUGAUCGAUCCGCUGUAAGCCGAACAGAGGCGGGUGGAUCUCGUCUAAGACCCGUCAGAAGCCGCAUUUAAGUCCGCCUCCUAAGUGAGUGGGCGGUACGUACUGGCAAGGCAGAGAGCUAGGAGGGAGGUGCGGCUGGGAUACUAAGAGCGACGCGACCCUCCGGAGCUGCUGGAUAGAGGACACAGCCUCAUAGAGACUGAAGGGCAGCUGUCCUGGCCAAUAAUUGAGUUGGGAGGAGGAGUCGAGGGAGAGGCAUUCCCCUUUCAGGCUGACAGAUGAAUACGAAGAACCUGCAACGAAGAAAUAGAAGGUGUAAAAGGUAACGCCGUGAUAUGAGAUCAGCACUAAUUACUUUACAUACAUCCUCAGGAGAAGCAAGCUGAAAAUGCUCAAACCUCAGCCCAGCAGACUUGGACACUGGCUUUUAUUUUCUGCUAGUUUAAAGCAAUAAAGAGUUAGAUAUUAAAGUUGCCAAACAGGACUAUUGGAACCACGUGCCACUUUGUGCCCGUGGACAGGACACUGGCCCAUGACAGGCUUCUGGACCUACUCCCUAACAUGGAUCGGGCAAUUAUGGGAAUACGAGACCCCCAAAGUGAUUGUGGUGAAGAAUCGUCAUCUUGGGACAAUCUACCGACUCCUGCAGCUUCUAAUCAUUGUGUACUUUGCAUGGUAUGUGUUUGUGGUGCAGAAAGGUUACCAGGCACGGGAGACUGGUCCAGAGAGUGCUGUCAUCACCAAAGUUAAAGGUGUUUCUAUGUCCAAAGCCCCCAGGGGAGCUAAGAAGAUCUGGGAUGUUGCUGAAUAUGUGAAGCCGCCAGAGGGUGGCAGUAUCUUCACCAUCAUAACCAGAACAGAGAGCACCAAACUUCAAUCUCUGGGGACCUGUCCUGAGAGUAAGGCUGUAAUCGAUGCUCGGUGCACCUCUGCUGAUGACUGUAAGCGUGGAGAGAUGCAUGUCCUUGGCCAUGGAGUGCAGACCGGACGCUGCAUUCGAGCGUCUCAUGGAUCACUGAAAACCUGUGAGAUCCUUGCAUGGUGUCCCUUGGAAGAUGAAUUUGUGACCAGCGAAUCACUGCAGGAAUAUGUCCCAUAUUUCACCAUCUUAAUCAAGAACAACAUCCAUUUCCCUCAGUUUGGAUUUUCCAAGGGUAACAUUGAGGGGGACAAUGCCCUGAAGAACUGUACUUACCACCCCAUUCAAUCCCCCUCUUGUCCAAUAUUCACUAUGGGGUUCAUUGUGAGAGAGGCUGGCGUUAAUUUCACGGAAAUAGCACAUAAGGGCGGAAUCAUCGGUGUGAUCAUUAACUGGAAUUGCAACUUGGAUUUACACCCCUCAAAGUGUCGCCCUCAGUAUUCUUUUCGACGCCUUGACCUACAGAAUAAUUUGUCCACUGGAUACAACUAUAGGUUUGCCAAAUAUUACAACAACAACGGUACUGAGACACGCAUACUAAUUAAAGUGUAUGGGAUCCGUAUUGAUGUCAUUGUGCAUGGGCAGGCUGGAAAGUUCAGUCUUAUUCCCACCAUCAUUAACCUGGCAACAGCUCUGACAUCAAUUGGUGUUGGUUCUGUAUUCUGUGACUGGAUACUGCUGACAUUCAUGAACAAAGAUCACAUAUACAGCAUCCGGAAAUACGACAAGGUCUGGAAAUUGGAAGAUACAAAUACUGCAACAGCUACCACAGCCAGCUCCCCACAAGACUCUCCUGCAACCUCAGAAUCUCUCUGCACCACACAUGAUCCUCCAUACAAAGACUGUACUCUGAGAACAAAGAGCCUCACGUCACAAGCAGGGCAGCAGCAGGCGUGGGGUGAGAGUACAGAGCCACCACCAGGAAGUUGACACCAGGCUGACUGCAGAUUCUCCUCCCUCUAGGAAUGAAGGCCUAAUACUGUACAUAGGAGACUUACAAAAGACUCUGGAAAACACAUUAAAAUUGGAAAGAGAUUACUGUUACAUCAGAUGGGAGAAGAGGCCCCUAAAGUCAUUGGAGGAGCAGAGAGGAUUACUAUCGACAAGUGCUAGGGCUGGAGGACUGGAAAUAAGAACCACAACAAUGCCUAGAAGUCUGGCAUGGAGAGUUUCUGUGAGACUGAAGUACAAGAUCUACAGUAGGUUAAUGAACUGAAGGCAAAGUAGGAAGAGUCUGCCGAUACUUUACAGUGGACAACCAGCGUUAUAUGUUGACCCCCCCUUAGCUCUCCUUUUCCUAGUGUUUGGAUUACCUACAAUCUUGUGUUCUGACUCCUUAUCCACAGUUUUAUUCUUUUAUUUUGCCGUUAGUCCUCCAUUGUUUUUUCUGUUAUGCUUCCUGUCUUCUGAUCUCCUCCACUGUAGUGAGAGGCAUUGAUAGUAGAGAGAAUUGGUUAUGCCACUGUAGAAAGUCAUUGGCGAGACUUUGUUUAGUUAUGGAGCUGAUGCUGAGUUUGAAUGCAUUUGCGUCCAAAUUCGUACAUAAAUAACAUGUUCACCACAAAAA